AUGCGCUUCUUUGUUACUCUGCUCGCUCUCGCUCCCCUAAUGGCCCUCGCUGCACCAAUUGUCGCCCGAGCGGGCGACAGCAUUGACGACUACCCCGGUCAGCCAGACUGGAAGAGGGACGAUUCGGGCGGAGACGCUAUCCGUUCCCCUACAUGGAAGAGGCAGGAUUCAGACAAAGACGGUGUCCGUUACCCUGGAUGGAAGAGGGACGAAUCGCACAAAGACGGUGUCUCCUCUCCCCCAUGGAAGAGGGAUGACAGCCAGGUAGAUACCCCUUACAUGCCCGUCUGGAAGCGCGACGGCAGCGAGGAAGAUACCGCCGGCGCUCCCGAUUGGUAA